GAGUCAGUGUGGUGGGUUUCGGGCUGUGCGUCUCUUCCUUCUCUGUUCCUGUGCUGAGGUGCCACCCCCUGCCCUGCUUUUCCCUUUGGGUCUUGUUCCCACCUCGGCUUUCUUACAAAGGCGACCUCAGGAAAGGCCUCGGUGCUGGUCGGGUCCUCUGACAGGAAUCCGAUGCAGCAGGCAUGGAGUUGGGGAUGGGCUGCAGCUUUUCAUACACCGGCGAGGGCCAAACGCGUGACAUCACAGCAACUAAUUUGUAUUACAAGCACUUAAACAAUUAAAACGCUGAACACAGCGUGUCUUUCCCGUACAGGCUGCUUUCAGGGAGCAGGAAAGCGCCGAUUUGUAGUCACUGCCAUAACAACUCAGCUUUGGGUACCUCAGGGUGCUGUGGCCACCUCUGGGUGCCGCGGGUGCCCCACGUCCCUGUGUGCAGUUCAUGUUCUCAGUGUCAAACACUGCCGGCCCUCAGCCCUGCUGGGACCCUUAGCUGGGCUUGGGUACGCCUCGAAAGUAUGAACUUGAGGCCUUUUCUUUCCUGUCUAUCAUUUCCCAGUCUUCUGCCUUCCCAUACAACAGGAAUUAGAUAUUUUGGAUGGUUUAGAACAUGAAUAAUGUUCAAGGGGCAAAGAGCUUCUGAAAACUUAAUCAAUCAUAGAAUCAUUAAGGUUGGAAAAGACCACUAAGAUCAUCUAGGUCAACCGUGCACUCCAUCACCCAUGCCCACUGACAGUGUCCUUUAAAAUCAACCCUUCAUCAGCUCUUACUGCUUUAAGUACUGCCAGGCAGCACAAGAAGGCUCCGGUUCCUAUCGCUGCGCCUUGCUGAAUAGUGCUGCAAAGCCUCCUGAUGGCUGUGUGGGUGUGUAGGGGAAGAAGUAAUGAGGAUAAGAAUGAGUGGUGACACUAAAUAAUGUCAUAUGCACUGAAUUUCUUCCUGCACCAAGUCAGUUCUGAAGCAUAGGUUUCUCAGCUGACUCUCGUAACGUGUUGGUACGGUCAGAGGGAACCCAUUAUGUAGAACCUUUAAGUUUGUUUUGAAUGUUUCCUUCUCUUAUGCAAUAAUACUGCAUUAAAAUCCAAAGAUGACCAAUGCAUUAGAUUUCCCUGGAAAUCAUGGCAGAAAAAUGGCACUGUCUUUAUUGACACAUUCAGAUACACACAAUAGAAAACCUGUUCCCUCAGGUGCAGCAGCAGAGUAACAAACCUGCCAGAAAUAAAUCUGGAUAUUCUUCAACAUUUUCUAACGAGACCCUCCUACAUCAUCUGCAUCAUCACUGCUGCCCUAGUUACACAUUUCCUUUCAGCCUGUGCAAUAGCACAUCUUUGUAGCCAGGAUGAUGUCCUGUAAAACAUUUUGUAAGUCUGUUUUGGACUUGGAGCUUUUAAAAAAGUUAAAAACUUACAGGAUACUUUAAUUGCUUCCUUGAGAAAUACACAGCAAUGCGCUUUUAAACAUGAGAAAGAGGGUUGGUGCAAAACAAGGAAAUAUCUCUCCCAAGUAUGUGAGGCUUGGCAGUUAUCAUGGGGGGAAAAAUAAUCAUAAAAAUGUGGGAGGCAAGAAAAGCACAGCAGGAACUCCUUAGCUGUAAAAAUAUGCAGCGUGUAUAACUUACUAAAUGCCUCCUUUCUGUGGCUUUACUUACAUGCUACAACACCUCUGGGGUUAAUAAAUUGCAAGAGUUAAAGCAUACCGCUGCCAACACCACUUUAUUGAACAGCAGAAGGGAAACGAGCCCCUGGAUUUGGUGCUGUUUGACAUCAUGAGUAACCAAAGAGUUAUGGUUUGUAGCAUAAAGAAGGAUUUUUAAAAUUUGAUGCUAUAUAAAUUGACAUUAAGAGUUACCUUUUAAGACGGUAUUCCUUCUGCAAAAAGCAGAACCCAUAUAGAGGAAAUCAUCCGUGGAUUGAUUGAGCAAGGGAAGUUUUCUCAAGCUUGCCUUUAUAUUUCUCGUCUGGAGCAGUCUGGAAAUGAUGGUGUGGGAAAGUCUGAGUCACUUUACACUCUCCUGGCUGAACGAAUGUUGUCUGCUGUGAGCAAAGCACUCGGUGGGAGCGAUGAGAUGCUCCUGCAGACAUUGCAGUCAGUGGGUGAACCUCUGAAGUGGCAGAAGCAGAAGAAAGAGGAGUGGCUUAGCAGUGAGCAAGGGAUGGAGCCUUCUUCCACCUGGCGUCCAAACUUCUGGGGGAAAGAUCUGGAGAAAGAACUAACACAGUACUGGACAGCCCAGAUUCCCCACUUUAUCCCCACUGGUGACACAGAUGAGACUGCACUAAAACAGCAUCUGAGUCAGCUGGAAACAACAUUCCUCCCCAAGCUGGAGCACAGAAGUGGUUUCUUCAAGGAGGCAGGACUGCUCAUCCCCUACGCCCGGUGCUGCCAUGCCUCUUUGUCUUCUCACUUUUCCGCCCUUACUGACAGUGAGCACUGCACCUUCAGCCAAGGGCUUUUAGUUUAUGAGUGGUGCCUAAAAGCAUACAGAAGGGGCAGUGGGACGUGGCUGGGACACAGGCAGAGCUCCGAGCACAUUGAUGUGCAGAGCCUCAUGUGGAUUAUUCUGAAGACAGAAGAAAAGUUACUUGCAGUCGCCCGGAAGGAAGUAGGGAAAGCCCUGAAUGAAGCCUUUGAUGCUGGGAAAACCCCUUGCACAGAUGCUGCAAUCAUUCAGAUAUUAACAGAGAAGACAAAAGCAGCCCAUCACAUCAGUGAGAGCCUGAGGGAGAAGGUGGAAGCUGUAUGCCUGGAGGAGUACCUGAGCUUCCUGGACAGCUAUGAAAACAAAGUAAAAAGCUUACUCCAGCAUGAUGGCUUUCAUGGGAUCUCCAGCAGCUUGAGAACCAUUGAGAAUUUCUGCAUUCUCAGAAAUGUCUGGUAUAACUUAACGUACCUUUGUAGUGCCAGCACUGAUCAGGAUGUUAAGAUAAAAGGAAUUAUAGACAGGACGGAAGAUAAGAUUACGGAGCAUUUGCUGCAGACGGUCACUGCUGAAGUCAAGGGAACACUGAAGGAUCAUUUCAGAAAGAGUGACAGUGGUUUCGGACGCAUCCUUGAAUUCUUACAGCAAAGCUUUUUGGUGUUUAAGAAGAAAAAAACAGAGAAAUAUCAGGGCCUAGUCAAGUCUGUGAACAACAUAAUUACUGAGGAAUACGUGCAAGCCCUCCUGGCCACUUCCAGGAAAUCGUCUGUGCGGAGGAGGAGGCAGAUUGUCAGCAAGAUGGAAGAAGAUCAUAGGAUGCUGCAAACCACCUUUAAAGAGUGCUUAGGUCCCACAGCUGAUGCUCUCAAGGAUCCCAUCAAAAUAAUUUUAGGACUUAUUCAAGCUCCUGAUGCUGAGGGGACGAAAAUAGCCCUGCUGCCCAUGCUCAGCCAAUUUCCUGAUCUAAGGGAAGAACAUCUGAGCGCGGUGUUGGACAUCAAAGAGUCGCUCCGCCAAGAAGACAGAAUUGCUCUCUUGAAGAUAUUUCAUGAUAAUUGUAGGAAACCUGAUAUAGAAAGCAACUUGCUUUUUGAAGAUAUAGAAGUAGAAGGUGGAAUGUGUGCCCGCUGUUGCUGCUUUUGUUCUUAGGAGAGUCAGACCUACUGUGAGAAACUUGAAGUUCUCUCUCCCACGUGGCAGUAUCUGCAGUUACAGCUCCUGCAAAGCUUCAUGGACUCGUGCAGAUGGAUGCAUGAAGUGUGGCAGCUAUGGAAGCCAGAAUUCCUGCACUUCUGUGGGAAAACCACAUGGCCCAGAUCCUGAUGUUCCAUGCAAAGACCAGGCAGAAGUCGAUUGGGCUAUGGCUGAAAGACAUUCCUUCAACAUUGCCUAGAGAAUGCUGCUUAGCUGAGUCCUGGUGGUCAUUUCCAGGAUGUGCUAUCCUGAUGUGGAGGAAGGGGAGGAUCCCCUCUGCCAAAUUGCUGUUUCACACAAUCUCAUGCAUAAGAAGGGACUGCUGCACCAUAUGGUGUCCUAGCAGGUGAUACAGCAUGACGACUGUAUCACCUGCUACCACCUGCCCCAGGGCUCUCUGUAGAGCCUAGCCCGUGGGGCAUGGUGCAGGAUCCAGUCCCUGUAAACCUGACCUGGUAGAAAUGUGGCCUUUCCCUUAUCACACCAAGGUCUCAAGCCCCAAGAGCGGGAGCAGAAGAUGCCAUUUGUCCUUGUGCCCCUUGCUGGGAUGGCUCAUGGCAGUGUCCUUGUGGGAUGGGGAGCACUUCAUGUACAAGUUUCUCAGCUGGUGCUGGAGCACUGUUGCAUUCAUUUUUGUAUCUCAGUUACUGGAAAUUUCCUCUUGCUGUGUAAAGUACCUCCUUUGGAGAGGGAGUGGAAGGCCUUGAGGGAAUUAGGCAGUGCAAGCAGCUGUUGUCCCAGCCUCUGGGCAAGGUCUGUGCUGUUUUCAGAUGUAAAUGGGCAGUUCCGCUGAGGAAAGCACUAACUUUCUAGUUAUCUACGGACUGCUCACACCCUCGAGCUGAGUGUGGAUUCAAGGCCCUCCUUUAAUUUAGGUCACUACAGACCCGCUCCUCUCUGGCCAUGUAAACAAGAAAAAAGCUCUGCUACUUCAGAUCUGGUGCUGCUGGCACCAACACAAGGCUCUUCUCUAGUAGGAAAAGGGGCGAUCUGUGUGUAACCUGCAAGCUUGCAAGGCUGGGGCCAUGUCCAGCUCCUGGGCUGUGGGAUGGUGCAGGUCUGAAUGGGUGCCACCAUGCUUUGCAGCACCAUGCCAUGCAAACAGCCCUUCUGGAUGUGCCAGCGAUGAAGCCACAUCCUGGGGUGGCUCUGCGGGGUGGUGGACUCCUAUCACAGCGUGCAGUGCUGUGCUGAGAGUGCUGACAGCCCUGUCAGGCACACCGGGUCAUUUGUCCUCCCGUGCUGCCUAAUUGCACAUUUUUUUCAAGGGCAGGAAGUGAUUACAGCCCCAACUUUGUGACAACGGGAUUAGAGGCAGCCUCUGUUUAUUGGAAUUUCAAUCAACGAACCUUCCAGAGAAAAUAAAUAAAAACCCCUUUGACAUUUU